AUGACGUCGUUUACAAUAAACAAACAGCAACUGGAAGAAAUGAUCCGGCAGCUUCAGGAUCGGCUCGAAAGUGGAGCAUUCAAUAAACAAACUGGAAAUAAUUGGAACCAGAAAAUGUAUUCCAGUUGAUUAAUCACCUGGAUUUCGACCAUGAAGAGAUAAAGCUCCCGCGGAAAACCAAGUUCGAAAAUGAAGAGGAGUUAUACAUGAAACAUUACAUUAGUGCAAGCGAUUUCUAUGCAAAAAAUCCCGACGCAUGUGACAGAUGUUGCUGGAACAUUGGAACACCGGAAAAACUGUUGGAACAUAAGAAUAAGUGGCACCCAGGAUGGGAAAUUCCUUACGAGGCUCCAGUUUAUGAUAAAAAAGAGUACAUCUACAAAUGUAUUUAUUGCACAGGAGCAUUCCGUGUGGAAGAAGACUUGGUUUACCAUCGAGAAGAUUGGCAUGAAAACAAAGAAAAACUGAGAAGACAUCGUGCUUUACGCCGCCCAAAUCACUGUAACACUAAAAUAUGUGCUAAAAUAUUCGAGACAAGAGAACAAUUGUGGAAACACAGAUCGCUUGAUCAUUCUGACUUUUACGGAAAGCUGGAAUGUUUGAAUAAAGAAGAAUACAAAGAUUUUAAAGAAGAAGAAAUCCACGGAACCAUUGAAGAACUUCAGAAAAUGUUAAAUAAUGGACUGUAUACGGACGAAUUUGUUUUCGACAAAACGCCAUUCAUAACUGUUGAUGAUGGCUUCAAAGAUGUAGCAAGACUUCGUCACAAAUGCAAUCACUGCUCCGGAGCCUUCCAACAGGAACAUAUCAUGAUGUAUCAUCUUUAUAUAUGCCACCCGGAGCAAAAAAUGGAAUCGAGACCCACCUACUUUUGUGAUCGUUGCCCAAUGCGGUUUGGAACCGAGUCGGCGUUGAAUUUUCACCAAUAUGAGACAUAUGAAGAGGGACUUGACAAGAGAACUGGCAAACGAUCGUGGUAUGGGGUGAUGGAAGUAUCUAAACAACGUAGGGAGCAUUACAUUUCCGAAGAAGAUUUUUACACUAAAUUCCCAGGAGCAUGUAACAAAUGCUUCAGCAAUUUUGAUACCGCGGAGCUCAUGUUGGAGCACAAAAGCGAGAAGCAUCCAGGAUGGGAACACGAGGAGAAACCAAAAGUUUAUGCUGACGAUGAAUAUACCUUCUAUUGCCAAGAGAAAAUGUGUUAUGGAGCAUUUCUUUUGGAGCAAGACCUUAUUUAUCAUCAACAAAAAGUUCACCCCAAGCAGCUCAAAACAGAAAAUGUAAUUUUCUGCAAUAAAUGCAGUUAUGAAUAUUUCCACGAAACAAGCAAGUUUUUGGCUCAUAGCCAACAACGGCACGACGGAACAGCAACGGCAGUUCCGAGAAUGAUUAAGCACAUCCCGUCAGGUGGCACAUCUCUCCUACCAUGUGAAAAAGAAAGUGACGUGAAAACUGGACACGCGGAGAAAGACGACGACACUGACUCCUCUUUUGAGAUUGUCUAA